GCUUGGCGCCAGUCUGCCGGGGGCCCGAUACACGGGUUGCAUAAGGAUCGCGGCGCAACGCUCCAGUCACACGCUCGCACCGCGACCGAGAGGACUCGGCCCGCGCCUCGUAGUUCCGCCGCCGAACCGCUGGAGUGCGCAAAGAGGAUACGCGGGACGCACGGAUCGCGGUCGCUCCGGAGAAACGAAUUCGCCGAGAGAUUUCGCUUUAAGAUCGUCGGAGAAACUUGCGGACUUGGAUUUUCGAGGGUUAUCGAGACUUAGCAGGAUACCGAAAGUUCGCAGCCGAGAGGUGAACACAGCCUACAGCCCUUGGAAUCAAGUCGAGACAGCGGGCGAUUAACGAUGUUGGCCUCUUCCCGCCGAGGAGGCUUCAAAGUGCAGCGAUGAAGCUUAAGUGCGACCGACCCGAAGCGCGCAACAACUUUCGAUAUCCAGCAGCUGUACAUGAACAAAAGACUUUCCGACUGUCAGUAAAGUGCGCGGCGACGGAGGACUUUCCCAAAAACGAGCGCCGUAAAAUAGCGUUGAGCUGUCAGUUCACCUCACUUGACAGUUAAAGGUAUUUCCCUGAAUUCAGUGAAAGACUCGUCAAAAAGACAGCGACUGGUAUUCGUGUGAAAGCAAGGCAAACGUUGCGACAGUUGUUUGAAAGUCAGUGUGAUGGACAGUGACAGCCACUCGCUCGAAGGCAGGUGAGAGCUUGCACUGGCAAACAUUCGCGUCAGUCUGUUCGGGAGUUGGUAAGGUGUGCAAAAGACAGAUAUCCACGUGGAAGUAGAGGGAUGCCGUGGCAAGUAGCAAGGUGUGCGGUUGUGGAAAUGAGAGAAACCGAUAAAAAGACAGACUAUAGGGCUGCCUAUACGACCUGUUUCUUUCACUCGAUCAAAUAAGCGAGAUGAAGCGUCCGGUUGAUGCGGGGAUGAGUUGUGAAGGAGGUCCCGUUGGUCAAGCACUCUGAGCCCGGAGGGUCAACUUCAGCUUACGAUCGUGAACCUCCAGUUGCCAAGAUUCCCGUCCGUCAUUCGCGGUCAACUCCCGACGGUUAAGACUUCGGUCGAUCGGUCAUCGUCAACUUCCUCUUUCGCUCUUCCAUUUCCAGGCAUCGAGCAACAAACUUCACGAUCGAUCGCUGCUUUUGAUCGUCUUCUUCGGGUCAUCGUGACAGAACCUUCACGGGUCAACUUCGUGUCUCGGUCGAUUGUGGUGUCUGGCGUUCACUGCUUCUGAUCGUCUUCUCCGGGUCAUCGUGACAGAACCUUCACGGGUCAACUUCGUGUCCCGGUCGAUUGUGGCGUCCGGCGUUCACUGCUUCUGAUCGUCUUCCCCGGGUCACCGUGACAGAAACUUCACGGGUCAACUUCGUGUCCUGGUCGAUUGUGGUGUCCGGCAUUCACUGCUUCUGAUCGUCUUCUUCGGGUCAUCGUGACAGAACCUUCACGAGUCAACAUCGUGUCCCGGUCGAUUGUGGCGUCCGGCGUUCACUGCUUCUGAUCGUCUUCUCCGGGUCACCGUGACAGAAUCUCCGCGAGUCAACUUCGUGUCCCGGUCGAUUGUGGCGUCCGGCGAGGUCGCUCCCGGAUGGACAGCAACUGCGAGCUGAGCCCGUGCAGCGUGCACCCGUCGGUGCUCUUCCUGCUCCUGACGCUGGUGCUGACGAGCUGCUCGACGUCGAUGCUGAGCCUGGCGAUCAUGACGCACCACUGGGAGCACGUCCGCUGGGACGCCGGGCUCGUGGACCUCGUGGCGGAGAACCGCUCCGCCUCCGGGCUCCAGGUCUCCGUGGAGCGCUACAUCGACGGCCUCGUCACCAAGGUCUCCGCCCGCGGCCUCCACCACCGGAGGCCUCUCCUCCACCUCCGCCACGCCGGCGACACGACCGCCUCCGUCUUCCUCGUCCCCAUGAACGGCGGCAUCUGGACGCUCUGCAUUUCCCUCACAGAGGAGCAGCUUCGCUUGUUGGAGACAGUCGGGUUCAGCCACGAUGGAUGCACCAACUACCUGUCGCAGGAACUCAUCAAGGGUGAUGAGAUCAAAGCGGACUGGCAGCAUCGGAUGCAAAAUCUAUCCAUCUCGUGCGCACUGGUCUGCCUGAUCAUUUUGGGAUGCUCAGCCCUUGUGGGAGCCUUCGGCAUCCUCAAACACCAAAUUAGUGCGGUUCUAGUCACAGGAGUCAUGUACUUGCUAGCAGCAACGUUCGCGCUGUUCACGCUGACGAUCAUCCACUUCAAGCGAGAGCAGGUGAAGACGCGCUCCGAGUGUCUCUCGGGGGGCGGCGCGGGGGUGGGGCCGCCGGGGAGCCCGGGGGCGGCGGCCCUUCUGGGGGACGGCGUGGUGGCCGGCGCGGGGCCCGUCCUGGAGCCGGGCUACGCUCGCGUCUGGGCCGACCUCCACCGGGCCCGGCUCCUGAGCCACGGCUGGAGCCUGGACCUCGGCUGGGCCGGUCUCGCCCUCUGCGUCCUCACCUCGGUCCUCUGGAUCCUCCUCUCCAAGAUCAUGCGAUACAACCCCAUCAACGCCACGUGAACCCAAAGUCCCUGACAAAUAAACUCGUGAAUAAUACGUGAAACUGUAAACGCUAAUUUGACUGCAUUUUGCAAUUUGGACCUAUAAAUUCUGGCUCAUCUGAAAAAACACUUAAGUGUAUAGGAAAUUAAUGGCACAUA